AGCCUUUAAAGAUGCAAGACAAAAUGUUGCUGAAGUUGAGUCACCAAAAAAUGCCUUAGAAGAAAAUCAUUCUACGGACACAUUGUGUUCAGGUGAUAAUGAAAGUAAGUUACGUCAUGAAGGAACUAUUAGUAGUGAGCAAAAAAUGAAGUAAUCCAAAAUAUCUGCAAAGAAACCAAUAAAUAAUUCAAAGAAAAGAUUGGCCAAGAUGGAACAUGGACCCAAAGCAGUGGACAUUCCAAAUUCUCCAUCUCAGCCUUCAAAUAAUGAUCCUGUGGUUUCCUCUGAACCCAAGAAGACUUCUGCUGACCCAAAACUGAAAACAGUAAGUCAAUCCAAAAGAAAGAAAAGGUCUGGUAGCAGUGAUGGCGAAGAAGAAUUACAUGAAGAGGAGUAUUUUGAUGAUAGCACAGAAGAAAGGUUUUACAAACAGUCUUUCAUGUCCAAGGAAGGUGAUGGUGAUGACUUCUUCAUUGGGAAAGUCAGAUGGACACGAGAGAAGGAUAGUAGUUGUCAUUCUCCUGUUAAGGAACAGAAACCUCUCCAAAAAUUGUUACACAAAGAAGAUACACAUGAAACUCAUUGGGAUAUAAGAAGUGACAAAAAUAAGCAAAGUACAGAUGCCAGGAAGCUAGAGUCAGUGUUGUUUCACACUUUAUCUGAAUCUAAAGGCUCUAGAAG